AGAGGCACAAACAAGCGGGAACUGAUAAACACUCCGCCGUUAACCACCACUUUCACCGCCAUCCCCUCAAAGGAAAAACUAUCAGUUAUUGCACCCACCCACCAUAUAUUAAUAUUAAUUAUAUUAUACUUAUACUCUAUAGUUCAAGUUUAAAGUUUAGUUACACCCCAAAACCCUUAAUAACAUAAAGUUUAGUUCUUUUGUGUGUGUGUGUGUGUGUGUGAGAGAGAGAGAGAGAGAGGAAGAAAUAAAGAGAGGGUUCUUCUUCGUUCUCUGUCAUUCUAUAAAAGAAGUUAAGAGUUACUGAUAUAUUAUUUCAUUAGAAAGAAGUGAUGGAACAGAAAAGCAUACUGAUAUCGGCGUUGAGUGUUGGGGUGGGAGUGGGAGUGGGGAUUGGAUUGGCUUCUGGGCAAACCGUUGGCAAAUGGGGAGCCAACACUUUCUCCUCAAACGCUGUUUCUGCUGAGAAGAUGGAGCAAGAAAUGCUACGACAAGUCGUUGAUGGAAGAGAAAGCAAUCUCACUUUUGAUAAGUUCCCUUAUUACCUCAGUGAGCAGACGCGUGUUUUGCUGACAAGUGCUGCUUAUGUCCAUUUAAAGCAUGCUGAUGUUUCUAAAUACACACGUAAUCUUGCUCCUGCAAGCAGGACUAUUCUGCUUUCAGGGCCAGCAGAACUUUACCAACAGAUGCUUGCCAAGGCUUUGGCUCAUUACUUUGAGGCCAAGUUGCUUUUGUUGGAUGUAACAGACUUUUCAUUGAAGAUUCAGAGUAAAUAUGGUUCUACCAACAAAGAAUCUUCUUUCAAAAGAUCCACUUCUGAGUCAACUUUGGAGCGGUUAUCUGAUCUAUUUGGGUCAUUUUCAAUCUUUCCACAGAGGGAGGAACCUAAAGGCAAAAUGCACAGGCCAAGCAGUGGAGUGGACCUCCAAUCAAUGGGGGCUGAAGCAUCUAGCAAUCCUCCAAAGCUCCGUAGGAAUGCUUCUUCCUCUUCAAAUAUCAGUGGCCUUACUUUGCAAAGCAAUCCUACAAAUUCAGCUCCUCUGAAGCGUACAAGCAGCUGGUCUUUUGAUGAAAAGCUUCUUAUACAGUCUCUUUAUAAGGUUCUGGUUUUUGUGUCAAAAACUUAUCCAAUUGUGCUAUAUCUGCGGGAUGUUGAUAGGUUGUUAUAUAAAUCACAAAGGAUAUAUAACAUGUUCCAGAAAAUGUUGAAGAAAUUAUCUGGACCAAUUUUGAUUCUUGGUUCACGAGUCAUUGAUACUGAUAAUGACUACGAAGAGGUGGAUGAGAAACUUACUUCCCUCUUCCCAUACAACAUAGAAAUCAGGCCACCAGAAGAUGAGUCACAUCUUGUUAGCUGGAAGUCUCAAUUAGAAGAGGAUAUGAAGAUGAUACAAGUUCAGGAUAACAAAAACCAUAUCAUGGAAGUGCUUGCAGCAAAUGAUCUUGAUUGUGAUGACCUGGAUUCCAUUUGUGUGCAAGACACAGUGGUUCUCAGUAACUAUAUAGAAGAGAUUAUUGUGUCAGCAAUUUCUUAUCAUUUGAUGAAAAACAAAGACCCAGAAUACAGAAAUGGGAAACUUGUUAUUUCUUGCAAUAGUUUGUCCCAUGCAUUGAGUAUAUUCCACAAGGGGAAAUCAAAUGGAAGAGAUACAUCAAAAUUGGAAGAUCAAGCUGUAAAAUCUGAGAUGCAAAAAGGUGAAGGAACUGCUACAAAACCGGAAGCGAAGUCUGAAAAUGCUGCUCCUGUAAAAAAGGCUGAAGCAGAAACAUCAAAUUCAGUGGGAAAGGCAGAUGGUGAAAAUUCAGUUCCGGCACCAUCAAAAGCCCCUCAAGUUCCACCUGAUAAUGAGUUUGAGAAGCGAAUAAGGCCGGAGGUAGUACCGGCAAAAGAGAUUGAUGUCACAUUCUCUGACAUUGGUGCCUUAGAUGAGACCAAAGAAUCCCUUCAAGAACUUGUAAUGCUUCCUCUUAGAAGGCCAGACCUUUUCACUGGAGGCCUUCUAAAGCCUUGUAGAGGAAUAUUGUUGUUUGGUCCUCCUGGCACUGGGAAGACAAUGCUAGCAAAGGCCAUUGCAAAGGAGGCUGGAGCAAGUUUCAUCAAUGUGUCCAUGUCUACCAUCACUUCUAAAUGGUUUGGUGAAGAUGAGAAGAAUGUUCGCGCCUUAUUCACGCUUGCAGCCAAGGUCUCCCCAACUAUUAUAUUUGUGGACGAGGUUGAUAGCAUGCUUGGGCAACGGACCAGAGUCGGGGAGCAUGAAGCCAUGAGGAAAAUAAAGAAUGAAUUUAUGACUCAUUGGGACGGGCUUUUAACCAAACCUGGAGAGCGUAUCCUUGUUCUGGCUGCAACAAAUAGGCCAUUUGAUCUGGAUGAAGCUAUAAUUAGGCGAUUUGAAAGAAGAAUCAUGGUGGGACUACCAUCUGUGGAGAACAGGGAAAAGAUUUUGAGGACUCUUUUGGCAAAAGAAAAGGUGGAUAGUGAACUUGAUUUUAAGGAACUUGCAACUAUGACAGAAGGAUAUACCGGAAGUGAUCUAAAGAAUUUGUGCACAACUGCUGCUUAUCGACCUGUUAGAGAGUUAAUUCAGCAAGAAAGGCUGAAGAGUCUGGAUAAAAAGCAGAAAGCUGCCGAGGGAAAGAAUGAAGAUGUCCAAGACAGUGAAGAAGUACAAUCUAUAGAUGCAGAAGAGGAAAGAGUUAUUACCCUUAGGCCAUUGAACAUGCAGGAUUUCAGAGAGGCCAAGAAUCAGGUUGCUGCUAGCUUUGCAGCUGAAGGGGCUGGAAUGAGUGAGUUGAAACAGUGGAACGAUUUGUACGGAGAAGGAGGUUCAAGGAAGCAACAGCAAUUGUCUUACUUCCUAUGAACAAGAAAAAAAAAAAAAUCGUAGCUGCACCCUUUCAAUGAGUUAGUGUGAGGAACAUUUCCACGAACAAGCAAUAUCUGCUGUCUAUAUAUAUUUUCCGAGAAUACCUUGCUGGCUUCAUUCCCUUGAGCUUAGGAACUAAGCUAAUAUAUCUUGGGUAUUUUUCCCAUAGGCUGCAACAACCUACCAAUAUAACUAGUUACUAAGGUAACUUAUUGCUAUUCUAUAAAAUGGUGUUUCAAAGUUUGCUGUUGAUCACUAAAAGCAGGUGGUGGUUUUAUGUAUUAGCAUUAUAUGGUGCGUCGGUGAUUUACUAAACCUGUAUUGUAUGUGCAAGAAAUAAAAAAUGUUGUGUGAUUCAAUGUGAUAGCAUAAUGCAUGUAACUUCUAAUUAAAAUUUUAAAUUAUGUUC